AUGCCUCCCAAAGCAGGCACGAGAAGAACAGCCGCAAAAGCAGAAGACACCGAUUCUACACAAAAUGCGCCAACCCCAAGUGCAGCGCCAGGCGCGCCUGGUCGACCCCCUGUACAGCGACUACAGUCACUGAAGAAACGCGCACCGGGAGGCGGCAGCAUCACACCGGCAACGCGCUCACCCUCAGUACUAGGCGGCGAGCCUGUUCCAAAGCCAAUGAAGUUUCGACCAAAGGCCGUCCAGCGGAGGAGCAAGGAGGAGCGUGAAGCCAUGGAAAAGAUUGAACAAGAACGGUAUAAUGAUCGCUUGAAAGACGCAGCUGCCAUCCAGCGUGGUAAAGGAAAUCGCGGGGGCAGAGGCUCUUUCCGUGGCCGUGGUGGUGCUGUUGGAGGUGGAUUCAGAGGUCGAGGCGGUGGUCCAGCACGUGGCCGCGCACGAUAUGGAUUUACUGGGUCUCGAGAUCGGGAGGACGACUCCUCGGAUGAUGAACUGCGGAUGAGCAUUGACCAGAUCAAUCUCGAGAGCGAUGAAGACGACGAGAUGGCAGAGGACGGGAAAGGGAAGAUGCCUGUCAGAGGUCGUCGGGAGAAGGGAUUACGUCCUGUUCGUGUCACACGACACGAGCACGAGGAUCGGGUGGUCGCCGUCAAUAUGGAGUCAAGUUCCAGCAAGGCGGCGGAGAUUCGACAACAGGCUCAGGAAGAGGCUGCUGAGGUUGUGGAUGACAAGCCAACUCCCCCAGAAGUCUCAGAUGAGGAGCCUCAUGUGAAGGACGAACCGACAGACGAUGCUGAUACACCCAUGGAGGACUUGCCUCUUCCCUCCGACGAUGAAUUGUUGCCGAGACAGAGAUAUCGUGUGCGCCGGAAGACCUCAGAACCCAAGUCAGUAGAACCCAGGACAGAGAAGACGAAAGAGGUCGUUCCCCCAGCGCCCCAACGAGACCCGCGCGAACUCCUGCGCACCAAGGAGGAGCUCGAUGAGUAUGACCGUCAUCUGGACGAUCUGGAGCAUGUUCGGAACCUUCUGUCACACCAAGAGCCCGAGCCCGAAUCCGAAUCAGAGCCGCAAACCGUGCCGGAGACAACCCCAGGUGAAGACACAGCGACAGCCGAUGCAGAGCCGCCAGCCGAAAAAUUAGCCAACCAACACCUCCUCGGACACCUUUUCCUCAUGCAAUUCCCUCCUAUGACACCCAAUCUCUCUAUCCCAGGUUCGACCGAAGCACCCUCCCAAGAAACAAUCCGACCGGAGCCCCAGGCCCAGCCACAGCCACAAGUCAAAUCCGAAAAUGAAGGCGAGGAUGUUCAGAUCAUGGGCGAUACUGAAGCGGAAUCCAAUGGAACCUCCAAGCUUAUCACGGCCGCCACAAAUUGGUCCCUGCCAGCGGGGCGCGUGGGCAAGUUAAAUGUGCACAAAUCCGGACGUGUUACAAUGGAUUGGGGUGGCAUCAGCUUCGAGCUUGAUCGUGCUGCGGCGGUGGACUUUGUACAGGAGGCGCUAAUCGUCUCUUCUCCCGACCCAGAGGAGGCUGGACAACCACCAAAGGACGACGUACGCCACCAGGCUUGGUCUAUGGGUCAACUUUCGGGCAAAUUUACGGUUAUGCCAAACUGGGAUGCAAUGCUGUGA